AUGGAUGUUCUCUAUUCAUUAUUGGAUGUUGAUAAUCAACGGCUUGAUAUGAUAGUACAAGAAAAAACAUUCACUAAUACUCUCAAUUUUGUAUUAACAAUGAUAACCGAUGAUGUUUUGUCGAUUGCUGAUUCAAUACUUGAUCGAUUUUGCAUUAGUAUACUUCCAAAAAUUAAUUAUAAUGUUAAAUCACUUAUUCUUGAAUCAGAAUCUAUGGAACGUAUUCUUCUUGCUACUGAUUAUCCUAAUCUAACUGAACUUAAACUCUACAAUGUUAACGAUCAUAUUGUUUCACGUUAUUUUAGAGAUGAGUCACCAUUUCGUCGUAUUUUUCAAGAACAAAUUACCGAUCUUAUUCUUGUAUAUAACAGAGAUACUGGCAUGCUACUAAUGAAUCCUAACACAAAAUAUGUGUAUGAAUAUACACUGAAACUUUUUGAAAAUCUAAAACAUUUCACUGUAAUUGGAUGUGUUCAACUUUUAUCUAUUCAUGAUAUAGCUUCGACUACAUGGUUAUCAUUAAAUCUUAACAAAUUAUGUGUUGAUGUUUGUGGCUUUGAAGAUUGUCUUGCUUUACUUGAUGGUCGUCUCAAACAAUUGACUACAUUUAUUGUUAACAUUGAUUGUCCGGAAGAUGAUUUGUCAACUAUUUACAAUAUAGAUGAUCUACCUAAUAUGAAAUGUUUCUCAUUAACAUCUCGUUGUUCAACUAGUGAAUAUGAUACUCGAGUUUUGCCUCUUCUUCAUCGUAUGAGAAAACUUGAAGAAUUAACUUUGAAUAUUAUUAACGACGAACGAACUACAUUUAUCGAUGGUACUCAAAUUAAUGAUAAAAUUCUUGUACAUAUGCCAUGUCUUCGUAAAUUUAUUUUUCAUAUCAGUGUUGAAGUUGAAUUACAUCAUUUAACUCAUUAUUCAUCGAAUGAAGAUAUUCAACGAACUUUUAUCAACAUAGGAUAUCAACAAAAAACUGACUCAAUCGGUAAAAAUAAAGAUUCAAAAUAA